AUGCGUCUCACUGCUGCUGUCCUUGCCGCCCUCACACUUCUUUGCACUGUCUUCUUGGCCCAGGCCGCCCCGCUUACGCUUCGCUUCCAACACGAUGCCACAGCCUGUGCGAGACUGACAGACUGCGACUCCUGUGCUCAUACGAGUCGUUGCGGGUUCUCGCUUGACACUCAGAGCUGUGCCGCGAAGGAAGGUCACCCUGGGUCCCUUGCGACAUCCGCGGCUCAAUGCAAGAGAGCAUCCGCUACCCUUGCUGCAAGGACUGAUGCAGCGGGUGCUGCAAGGACUGCUGCAAGAGGUGCUGCAAGUACUGUUGCAGUAGGCGCUGCAAGUACUGUUGCAGUAAGCGCUGCAAGUACUGUUGCAGUGGUUGCUGCAAAGCAGGUUGUGGGACAAACCGUGACGGCGGAUACAUUGUGGGAUGGGAUGGAGAGCCACGUCCUGAACGGCCGUCCCGACAACGUAAAUUCUGGCCGGCAUCUCACGUCCACUUGGUUCGCGCACCCUGCCAAAAAAGGCACUGCUGGGGACAUGGAUGUCAAUGAUGCGACGGGUCUCGGUCAGGUGAAGACCGGCGGGAAGUCGAAGAUCAAGACAGUUUGGAUUAAUGACAAUGCGGAGGGAACGGCGGUAGGUGCGAACAAGUACACGCAGGUGCAGGUCGCCGGCAUAUGCAAGGCCGCGCUCGCGGUACUGCUCAAAACGGGCGACUCGAGAGGUUCCUACUCCGUCCAGUCGCCUUUUGGGGGCAACAUCUGCGUGACGGUGUCCAAAGUACAAUGCUUCCCGGCGAGCAUCAAUCCGACGACGGUAGCACCGGGUGGGAAGUGCUAG